UAGUAGGUGGUUACCGCAAGGAAAUAUGUACUGACAUGGCGGCUCCCAUACUAAAGUGGAAGCGAGUGACAAAUCCAACUGGGCCACAGCCAAGACCUCGACAUGGACAUCGUGCUGUUGCAAUCAAAGAUUUAAUGGUGGUAUUUGGAGGCGGAAAUGAAGGCAUUGUCGACGAACUUCAUGUAUAUAAUACAGCAACAAAUCAAUGGUUUGUUCCGGCAACAAAGGGAGAUAUCCCCCCUGGAUGUGCAGCUUAUGGCUUUGUGGUUGAUGGUACCAGGAUCCUUGUCUUUGGAGGAAUGGUGGAAUAUGGCAAAUAUUCAAAUGAGCUGUAUGAAUUACAAGCAAGCCGCUGGGAGUGGAAACGGCUGAAACCUCGGCCUCCUAAACAUGGCUCACCACCGUGUCCCCGCCUUGGUCAUAGUUUUACAUUAAUAGGAAACCGAGUUUAUUUGUUUGGUGGUUUGGCAAAUGAUAGUGAAGAUCCAAAAAAUAACAUUCCCAGGUAUUUGAAUGACCUGUAUACACUUGAAUUACGAGGUAACAAUUCAACUGCAUGGGACUUACCACAAACUUAUGGUACAUCACCUCCACCAAGAGAAUCACACACUGGUGUGGCAUACACUGACAAAGAAACAGGAAAAUCCCGAUUGGUGAUAUAUGGUGGCAUGAGUGGCUGUCGACUGGGAGACCUUUGGCUUCUUGACUGCGAUACAAUGUCUUGGAACAAGCCUACUGUGAAUGGUUCCCCUCCGUUACCUAGGUCUCUACAUAGUGCCACAUUGAUUGGCUCUCGAAUGUUUGUGUUUGGUGGCUGGGUGCCUCUUUUUAUGGAUGAUGUUAAAGUGGCUACACAUGAAAAGGAAUGGAAAUGUACCAACACACUUGCAUGUCUCAAUCUUGAAACAUUAACAUGGGAACAAUUAAGUAUAGACACAUUUGAAGAAAAUACUCCUAGAGCUCGUGCUGGACAUUGCUCUGUUGGAAUACAUACCAGGCUGUACGUGUGGUCUGGUCGAGAUGGAUAUCGCAAAGCAUGGAACAAUCAAGUAUGCUGCAAGGACUUGUGGUUCUUGGAAGUUGAAAGGCCACCAACACCUGGACGUGUCCAGCUGGUACGAGCUUCAACACACUCCCUGGAGGUAUGCUGGGGUGGCUCACCAACUGCCGAAUCUUACCUGCUUCAAGUUCAAAAAUAUGACAUGCCUCCGAGUACAGCCAUGACCACCUUGCCAGGAGUUUCAUUACCUGCGCCUGCAGGAUCCCCAGGAACAGUCACCCCUUCAUCAACUUCUCCCACCAAAACUAGUUCAUCUACUCCUUAUUCCUUAUCUUCAAGUUUACCUACAACCACCACCAGCACUGCUGCAAAUUUAAAUUCAACCAGCAGUCAGCAGCCCUUAACAAGUUCUAGCUCAUCUGGGGCCCCCACAACAGUACUGGCACCAGUUCUCACAUUAAGUUCACCACAAACAACAUCUACGUCUCUGGGUGCUAGUAGUGCCCCCAUUUCAUCACUAACAACUCUGUCAUCCACCAGCUUGCCAAGAACAUUGACAACAGUGAUAUCAACUCCUGCACGUGCAGUAACUUCAGCUACUUCGAACGUGCCUGUCAUUGCACCUGUAGCUUCUCCUUAUAGAGGUGCAAGCAAUUUGGUUCGGGUCAGAGCACCAUUAUCUACUCCUUCUGGGUUGCGUAUCCUGGCUCCAGGCACUGUGACCAAUACUAUAGGGGGCACUGUUACAAGUACAUUGGUGACUCCAACAUUAACACCCACUAUACUUUCUCCAACACUUACUCCAACCACCCUAUCACAGUUACAGACAUCAGUAGCUUCACCUGUCCGUGGGGUGUCACCUCAGACAGCAAAUCAAGGGCAGGUGCAGCUGCAAACACAAGCACAGUCACAGGCCCAAACUCAAGCUCCUGGACAGAUGUCUGGAAUCCAAGCCCUGGCUGCAGCGGCGGCAGCUACCCAGAAGAUGAGUACUGUGAGUAGUGGACAGACUGUACGAUUGGCUGCUCCCACAACAACAGUACUAAAGGCAGCCACACCUCAACAAGGAGGCAAACCACAGAUUAUUCUUCAGAAACCUGGUACUGGCCCAGGAGGUACAGGGCAACCUCAGAUUGUCACACUAGUGAAAACCAGCCAAGGAAUGACAGUAGCAACGGUUCCAAAAGUUAGUUUAAUUCAGGGUAAGGCCGGACCAGGAGGGCAAUUGACCACAAUCCAGGGUGCGAAUACCAAAACGAUACCACAAGGAGCAACCAUCGUCAAACUUCUGAGUACAAACCCAGGUGCAGGUGGAGCCACUGCAAAGGUACUAACGACCAUGAAGACUGUGCCAACAAACAUGGUGACUGUGAGCAAAGCACCAGGGGUUGGGGGAAAGCAGACUAUAGUGAUCACGAAACCGGGUCCAGGAAUGACAGGUGGCAUGCCAGGGACAGCUGGUAUGAGUGUUGGCAUGCCAGGACGUCCUGCUGGUGGACCACAAAUAAUAGUGGUAACCACAGCAUCUGGCUUGAGGACUGUUCAGGCUGUGAGUGCUGCACAGACUGCCAUGGGUGCUACAACAUCCACUGUAAAUGCAGUUCCUCUGUCUGCAGCAAGUCAUAUCACUGGACCCGGAGGUGUAAAAAUGAUUGUAGUAUCGUCCGGGGCAGUAGCUGGGGGUAAUACGGGUAAACCUAUUACUAUCACAGUGCCAGGCCAGCAAGGUGGGCCACCAAAAACUGUCACCAUUGCAGCAAAACCAGCCAGCCAGACGCUAUUGAAUGCAGGAGCAGGGCAGAUAGUAGCCAUGCCAGCAUCUGGCCUACAGCAGCUGGAGAAGAAGUCAUCAACUGUGGGAGUUCAGAAGAGAGUCCAUCUCAUUUCCAAUAUGGCUGCUUCUUCCAGAACAGGUACUAAGAGCACUGGUAUGAAUGUGACACUCCAGAAACAGAUAACAGCAACUCUGGCAUCAACAACAGAUGGACCAGCAACAACAGAUGCUGCACUUGCUGCACUGGCAGCAGAAGCAGGCCUGAUUGAUCCAGAAUCUCCUCAUGAGGCUUCAGUGCCUGUAGAAAAUGAUCUUUUUCGUGCUGAAACAAAUGGCCAUCCAGAAGGUUUGGGAAUGGGCAUUGAAACUUGUGGAAAUCCAGAUAAUAAUGGAGGAACAUCAGGAAAUAGUGAAGGUGGAAGUCAGGGAGUCAGUGAAGGAACAUCUGGGACUCAAUCUGAGAACCCUGGUACCACUGACAAUCCUGUAGCUGGGGGAGAGAAUGGAAAUGCAGGGGGCAAUGCUGGUAAUCCAGGGGGUGACCCUCCACAUCCUGGUGGCUAUGGGGGCUUUCCAGAUCCUGAAUAUGUGGGACAGCAAAAUGAAGAUGAAGAGGAGGAUGAAGAUGAAGAUAUAGCACAGAUGGAAGAACAUGCUGAAGAUGGAACAGAAAAUAUAACCCCAAAUUUACUGGAUAUUCCUCUUCCUUUUUCCCAGAACCCUCUGCAGUCUGAUGUUCAUUUACCACAGAAUCCCAUCAAUGGUCAAGUUGGAGACUUGGAGAAUCAGGGCAUGGUGGUUCAGCCUGCUCACUCAGAUACCCAUGGGGAUUUCAAUCAAGCUGUUCCAGUUCUAGGUUCAUAUGAAGACUUGAAUCCAGAUCCAGCCACAGACACUGCUGAACCUCCCACAGCAGCUGAUGAAGCUGCACCACAAGAAACAGAACCAGAGGUGGAAGGUGAUGUAGAUAUGAAUGUUCUUCCUAAUAAGCAAGAAAAUCCUGGAGGGAAUGUAAAUGACAAACAAGAAGCAGACAAUGAAGAUAGGGGAAAUAUUUCUAAUAUACAAGAUUCACAUGGAGGAAGCGGAGUUAACCUUGGAGGUAAUAAUAAUGGUAGCCCCAGAGAUGAAGAAAAUAUGGAUGGCCAGGAUAAUGGUAACCAGAUACAAAAUGGACAACAACUUGCUACUGGAAAUGGUACAUUAGAAGAAGGGUUAGCUACAAAUUCUUCCCAGAAUCAAGGAGAAGCUCCAAAUGCCAGCAAUGAACAAGAAUCCCAUGCAACAUCUGAGAGAGGAAAGGAGUCAUCAGAGAACACCAAAAGAAGUGAGCAGCCUUUUCUUACUGCAUCCCAGGGGGAAGAGGAUAAGUCAGAAACUGGCCAGAUGAAGACUGAGCAGCUAGAUGACAUAGAUUCAGACUCAGGUGCCCUUGCUACAUUGGCUUCAGCAGCCCUGGGUUGUGACCAAGCCCCCACAAAUGGUGUGAAGGCAGAUUUGCAGGACAUGAAAGUAAAGCAAGAACAUGCACAAACUCCCAUAGCUGAAAAUAUAAAGAAGAAAGAAUUGCCUUUAUGGCAUGAUGUAGGUGUCAUCAAAGGCACAUCAUGCACGGUUACCAUGUUUUAUGUACAGUCAGACAGCAAGGAUGAUAUCAAUCAAGACCAUGAUCAGGACACUGUGACUACUGAUAAUCUUCCUGACUACUCCAUGAUGACAAAGAUCCAGCUGGAGCCAGGAACAGCAUAUAAAUUCAGAGUUGCAGGUCUCAAUUCCUGUGGUCAGGGUCCCUGGAGUGAGGUCUCAGCUUUCAAGACUUGUCUGCCUGGUUACCCAGGAGCCCCUUCAGCUAUUAAAAUAUCAAAGUCAAUUGAAGGGGCACAUCUGUCAUGGGAGCCACCACCAAGCACAACUGGAGAGAUAAUUGAGUAUUCAGUGUAUCUUGCAGUGCGCAGUGCCACUUCCCAGGCUCAGGGUGAUACAAAAACAGUGUCUACAACACCAACACAGCUGGCCUUUGUUCGUGUAUACUGUGGUCCAACCAACCAGUGCACUGUGCCAAACUCAUCACUCUCAGCAGCGCAUAUUGACGUAACAACAAAGCCAGCAAUCAUCUUCAGAAUUGCUGCUAGAAAUGAAAAAGGAUAUGGUCCUGCUACCCAAGUAAGGUGGCUCCAAGAUCCAUCUACUCAAGUGAAGAUGCCAGUGGGUAUGAAACGUCCGGGUUCAGAUAGCAAACCGAUGUCUCCUGCGAAAAGGAUGAAAAAUGAAGAUUCUAUGUCUUGAAGUGAUUGAGUGUG